AUGGUACAAACCAUAGAGCUGACAUUCACUGCGGUUAGGGCCCCAUCUAAAUAUAAUGCAAUUCUGGGAAGACCGGGGAUUGGGGAUCUUCAAGCGCAAGCCUCUACCCCUCACGGGGACUUAGUGUUUCAGACUCCCCGAGGGUUGGCCUGGGUAAAGUCUUCGUACGAAGUGGUGUUAUCGAUCUCAAAGGAAGAAACCGGGAGGGAGCUCUGGGAAGAGGGAAUAGAAGAAUGGGUCCUUACUGAGAGGUUCCCUGAGCAGACGAUAAAGGUAGGGAGACACUUGAGCGACAAAUGCAAGAGUGCACUAAAGGAGCUACUACUUUUUAGCAUAGACGUCUUCGCAUUCCAACACGGGGACAUGUGUGGAAUCCCCCAAAGCUUGUCAAAACACAGGCUUAAUACCCACAGUUGGGUGAAGCCCGCUAAACAGAAGAAGCGGAGUAUGGGUGCUAACAAAAGGAGGGCCGCUUGCAAGGAAACAAGAAAGCUCCUCAGGGUCGGAAUAGUUCGGGAGGUCAGGUACCCUUCGUGGAUUGCCAACCCAGUCAUGGUCAGCAAGAAAAACGGAGGGUGGAGGAUGUGUAUAGAUUAUAAGGACUUAAAAUAA